GUGACUGCAACACAUUCAAAGCGUGACAACAAGCUGAUCUGCAUUUACUUGUAGUUUCAUAUGCCGAUGCAAACGGCUUCUGGAUUUCUGAUUGGCAUCUGGCUUUAAGUUAAACUCUAUAAUGCUGAAGGAAACGCUGAGGCUGCUGUUCCUCGGGGCUCUUCUGGAGUCUGUCAGUCCCCGGGGCUGUUCCUCGUUCUUCUGCCGGAAAUCACACCGUGUGAGCGGGUCACGUUUUGGAGUUGACCCGGGCAAACCUCUGAUGCUCACCCCCUAUCUGGAGGAAGGCAAGAUAGAAGAAGCCAAAAAACUGAGUUUGGUGGGACCCCUUCCUGGUGCCAAUGUCAAGAGUUACUCAGGAUAUCUCACUGUGAACAAGACUUACAACAGUAACCUUUUCUUCUGGUUCUUCCCUGCCCAGGAGAGACCAGAGACGGCUCCGGUGCUGCUGUGGCUGCAGGGAGGACCUGGAGGCACUUCCAUGUUUGGCUUGUUUGUGGAGCACGGCCCAUAUUUUGUACAUAAGAACCUCACGUUGGGCUAUAGGGAUUUCCCCUGGACAUCACGAUACUCUGUUCUUUACAUCGACAACCCGGUUGGGACAGGAUGGAGUUUCACUGAGGAUGACCGAGGAUUUGCCCAAAACCAGGAUGAUGUGGGCAGAGACUUGUACAGUGCCCUGAUUCAGUUCUUCCAGAUAUUCAGUGAGUUCCAGUCUAAUCCGUUCUACGCUACAGGCGAGUCAUAUGCAGGAAAGUAUGUUCCAGCAAUUGGCUACUACAUCCACAAGAACAAUCCCUCUGCCAAAGUGAAGAUCAACUUCAAAGGAGUGGCCAUUGGAGAUGGUCUGUGUGACCCUGAACUGGUGAAUGAAAAUCUGCUUUAA